AUGGCUUUUGAUUUAGGAUUUGUUGUGGUAAUAGUAAGAUCUGACAUAGCUACUGGUGUACGGGGAAGAAAAACGUAUGUCAAGCUUGGAUGUGAAAGAGGGGGAAAAUAUAGGAAAUACAAAGCUGAUGCAGUGGCUAGUGUAUACGGCACUCGUAAAUGUGAAUGUCCGUUUAGAUUAAAGGGUAAACCAUGUUCAGAUGGGGCCGGAUGGGUGUUGAAGGUGAUGUGUGGACAUCACAACCAUGAGUUGGCUGAAACUUUAGUGGGUCACCCUUAUGCUGGCAGGUUAAAUACGAGUGAGAAGUCAUUACUGGUUGAUAUGACAAAGAGUAAAGUUACACCUGCAAAUAUUUUAUUAACACUCAAACAAAAUAAUGAUCGAAAUGUGACAACGAUUAAACAAAUCUACAACGCAAGGCAUGCGUAUAAACGAUCAUUAAGAGGGUCCAGAACUGAACUACAACAACUUAUGAUGUUGUUGGAUCGGGAUAAGUACAUUCACUGGAGUAGAUAUAGACUUCCGUUGCUUGAGAUUGUGGGUAUGACGUCUACAGGGUUAACCUUCUCAGCAGCAUUUGCUUUCUUGUCUACUGAAAGGCAGAGUAAUUUCACAUGGGCUUUGGAAAAGCUGAAAGGUUUAUUUUUAACAUCUGAGGGUGGUCCUAAAGUUAUUGUGACUGACCGAGACUUGGCUUUGAUGAAUGCCAUAUCAAGUGUAUUCCCUGAGUCAUAUCAGAUGUUAUGUCGGUUCCACAUCCUUAAAAAUGUUAAAGCUAAAUGCAAAAUGUUAGUUCAUUCUACUGAGGUUUGGGAAGUGUUGAUGGAUGCAUGGGAAAAUGUGAUGGAUUGUGCUGAUGAAAGCUUGUUUGCUGAGUAUGUGAAUGGUUUUGAAUACGCAAGCAGAUCAUGGCCUUUGUUCUUUGAAUAUGUUAAUCAGAAUUGGAUUAUUCCGUACAGCACAUACUUUGUAAAGUUCUGGACGAAUAAAGUAAUGCAUUUAGGGAACACAACCACAAAUAGGGCUGAAUCUGCUCAUUGGAGCCUGAAGAAAGUUCUGGGCAAUAGUAUGGGUGAUUUGUGUUAUUGUUGGGAUAGUAUUCAUAACGUCAUUAUCUUACAACACAACAAGAUUAAGGCGUCAUUUGAAAGUAGUUUGUUGCUCAGGAGUGACUAUUUUAAAGGCUACAUAUAUAGAGAACUUAUUGGGCGUGUGUCUCGAUAUGCAUUGGAUCUCAUUGCUAAGGAAUUGAAAAUAGUGCAGCAGAUAGGAUUGGACUCCUCAAAGUGUGGAUGCGUAUUGAGACGUACAUUUGGUGUCCCAUGUGCAUGUGAAUUAGCACGAUAUCAUCCUAGGAUGAUCCCUAUAGGUGAAUUUCAUAUCAUGUGGCGAAGAUUGCAUUUCUCAAAUGUUGAAUUAAAUGAAACUAAGCCUCAGUUAUCCAUUAAAGAUGAGUUGAAACAAGUAGAAGAACGAUUCAAUGAGGUUGACAUUGGCGGUAAAGUCACCAUCAAGCAGAAGUUACUUGAGAUUGUUUGUCCUACAUUGACAUCAAUGGUCCCUCCAUUACAUAAAGUCAAGACAAAGGGUGCACAAAAAAGUAAAGUUAAACGAAGUGAAAGGUCUACUACGCGGGAUCCAUCAUAUUUUGAGUAUGUGGACGCCUUUCAUUCAACCAUAGAAUCUUCAUCUGUGAGAAGUAAAUUACAAUCAAAGCCAAAAGCAAUGAAGAAAAGGAGAGUUCCAAUGAUAGACCAGUUUCAUUCUACUACUCACCCCUUCAUUGUGGACGUUGUUGAUGUUGUGGCUGAUGGUCACUGUGGGUAUAGAUGCAUUGAAAUUAUAAGAAAUUAUAAAUGUCUAUUACAAAUACAAAGAUAA